AUGCAAGAGGAGUGGAUUCUUAUCCUUAGUUUUUGCAUUCCAUACUUUGGUUUUGCAGCUCUAUGGAUAUUUUUAAUUAAGAAGUACUUCUACUGGCGCCCUCUUGUAUUUGCCCGAUUUGUUAUUGCCAAUUGGAUCAAAAGACAAAUUGGUUCAGCAGUUUUUUGGAUCUGCUAUAUACUAUGGUGGAUAUUUUUCUCUCUACCAAUCCUUAUCCCUGCCUUUUUCUCUAUUUACUUAAAUAAAAAAUACGAAAGUGUUCCGAUCACUAUAGUAGUAGCCAUUACGCCAGCUGUAAUGUUCACAUUAUUUAUCACAUAUAAGAAUUACAAUCAUAAUGGUUUCAAAAUCGGAUAUACAACAAAGAUAUUGCUUGGAAUUUGCUUUGCCUUAAUUUUCGUAGUUAAUAUCGUCACUACUAUACUAUAUACGCCCGAGAAAAAUUGGAAAGCGUACGGAUUUUUCUUCACUGCACCACCAAUUCUGAUAUACGGAUAUUGCCUUUGUUAUUCUCGAAGAAAAAUCAAGAAAGAUGCUGCAAAAUCAAUCCUCGAUAAUGAUUCCUCAAAGAGAAGUUUCAUUUACGAAAUUUGCAACCGUAAAUUCGAUAAUUGGUUCGGGGGAAGUCAUAAAUUACCUUGGUAUCAUAUCAUUGUCGUAGUAGCAUCAUCAGUCAUCUUCAAUUUCACGUUUUACGGACUCUGGAAAGACGAACCUACGCUUGCUACAGCUGCCGGAUCCUUUGUUAUUGAUAUGUUGAUACUAAUCAGACAAAAUUUAAUUCCUAAUCAAGUACAAACAGUCAAAUUCUUAUUUGUUGCCUACUUACUUAAAGUAUAUGCCAUCUACAAUAGCCCAGAAUACUGGCUCUACAGUCAUUCUGUUUAUUUCUUAGUUUUCGGCAUCUGGUUUUUAACAAGGUUUAUGAUAUGGCUCUCCAAUAAGUCAUUAUGUCCAAGAAAGAAGGUCAGAUUAAGCCAAAGCCUCAUAGAUGGUGAAGUUAUGGAACAAAUUGAAAAAAUUACACCGGAAGGCAUACGUCCGACGUCAUUAGAAGCUAUUCCAAGCAUCAUUGUAUUCAUAAUUGCAGUCAUUUUAGCAGCCGUUGAAAUCAAAAUUUAUGGAGAAGAUGUAGAUCAAAAAAUUUUCAACGAUAACACUCAGAAAACAGGUUACAUCACAAUAAUUGUUAUUACUAUUGCUAUAUCAUUUAUCCUUUCUGUGAUAAUAUGCGCUUAUACCGGCAGAGGAAAGAUAUCUAAACUUAUGUUACUCACAGUCAUCUCAGGCAUCAUAUUCUUACACUUAUUCCUCCAUUUCUACCAAGAUCUCAACAUCACACCUUAUCAAAACGGUUUAUUCUUCAUGAUAAUUUUCAUGGCAAUCGACGGAAUCCUAUUUUGCCUUUCUUUGAGUGGUAACGCAUUCAAACUCACAAAAGGAACAUCAUUGUUCGUACAAACUAUCAUUUAUAUGGUACUUUUAAUCAUAAUAUCACUAAGUCUCAUAAUUGUUCCUAUUGUUUGUGCAGAAAAGUCAUUGAUAGGUGUUAUAAUUACAUUAGGUUUUCUUUCUGCUGUGUUCUUUUUCAUUUUCAGCCACUUCUUCAUCAUGCCAACAUUCAAAUGCGACUGGAUCAUUUAUCUCACACUGUUUUGCGUAUUUUAUAUUGGAUACUGCCUCGCAUUGUACUUCUCCGACUACUUAUUUGUAUCAUUUGUCUCUGGUGGCUUCGGAAUUCUUUUCAUUGCAUACGGAAUCACUUUAAUCUGGUGCUAUCGUAACCAAUGGACAUUGUCCCUAGGUCCAAUGCUCAUUUCCACCAUCACAUCAUGCAUUGUCACUGGUUUAUUAACAUGGCAAUUCAUGAUUUCGGAAUACAAACUUUCCACAGCUGUUUUUGCUUAUGUAUUCGCUCUCAUUGCAUGUGGAAGUAUUUAUAUCUUUGCUAUGCAGAAAUAUCGUUAUAAUCAUUCUGCUCUUUCUAUUUGUGCCAUUGUUUUUUAUUGUGUAUUCAGUGUUGCAAUGUUAGUUCUUAUUUUCUUACAAAACUCUACACCAUACUUUGUCUAUACUAUUGCAUCGAUUGUAACUGCUGUUUUGGCUGUUGGAUGUGCUGUUACUUAUGUUUUGAUGAACUCAAAGACAACAGUUCUUGUAUUGACCAAUUUCUUCUUCCCAGCGAGAAAUUAUUACAGCGGAUCAAUCCACAAGAUUCCAAUUUUCACAACAGCUUAUUUGCUUUUGAUUGUCGAUCUUUGGAUGUGGGGUUUGUUCGGAAUGAUUUCUGAUAACACAAACAUCGUUCCUCCAAUAAUGAUCACAGCUGCAUUCACUGUUACUUCUUUGUUUGGUAUUGCGCUUUUGAUUGAACUUGAUCAGAAAUGUCUCAGUUCUUUACAGUACAUUUCUACAGAAGCUAUCACACAUGCUGUAGGAAAAGCAAUGCACGCAGCAGGCGUUUCUUCAAAUCUAAAAGUGCCAACAAAAGUGGAUAAAAGUAAUCCACAGAAAUACUUAGAUACAGAAAGACAGUUCAAUAAAAUGAACUCUGCAAUUUCAUACUUUAUUACUGCUCUCAAAGCACAACUCUUCAUUUCAUCACAAAUGGCUUUUCUUAUGGCAAAAGACAAACUUAAAACAAUUUUGUCAUCUAAAAACAUCGAAUGCAAUUUCCUCGAUGAAAGUGACUUUAGUCCUGAAGAAAGAUCAAGAGUUAUUAACUUGUAUUUGAACUUGACAGGUCAAUCAUCUGUUAACGCUCCUACAGCUGAUUUAAAGCAGAAUAUAACUGUAAAACCUCAUACAGCAACAACAACUCUUCCUUCGCCAAAAACUAUGUCAGAUACAAAACAAAAAUCUGACUCUAAACCAAAAUCAAAAACUGACACUAAAUCAAAAAGUGACAAACCGUCCAAACCAGCCGACACCUCCAACGCAAGCAAAGCAAAGACAACAAACAAUACAAAUACAAAUAAUAACAAUAAUAGUAGUGGUGGCGGUGGAUGGUUUGGAAAAUGGUUCAAUAAAAAUUCAGAAGAAACACAUGCAAGUACAAAAUGUAAUUAUGAACCUCCGUGGUCUCAUAUAACUGAGUACAUGAAGAUGCAGGAUACAAUCAGGAAGCAGAUUGAUAAUAUUCCAAGUAAUUCCAAUUCAAAAUACGUAGACAACGGAUUCCAUCCAACUAAAAAAGUUACAGAAGCAAACAAUGUUUUGUUAAAUGGCGUAGAAUGGGUUAGAGCUGAGCAGUUAUAUGAGAAACAGAAGUUCAUUGAUACUUGCAGACCAAAUGACUUAGUACAAGGCUAUUUCGGCGAUUGUUAUGUUGUUACUGCAAUGGCAAGUAUCUGCAGAAGCAUUUCGAAUAUUAAGAAUUUGUUUUAUAUACCAGAUAUUGCAGUUAAAAACGGACUUUGCUGUGUUGUUUUCAAGGCAAUGAACAAAGAAAUGUCAGUUAACGUCGAUACAUUGAUUCCUCUCUUGAACGGCAAGCCAAGAAUGGUUCAUCCAGCGACAGAAAGAUCUCCAUAUUGGUUCUGCAUUGUUGAGAAAGCUUAUGCAAAAAUUGUUGGUUCAUAUUCUGCAGCAACAGGCGGAACUCCUGAUGAAGCUCUUUAUAGAUUACUUGGCGGAUUCCCAAUCAAUAUCGACCUUACAGAUCUCGAUGUCAGAGAAAGCAUCACAUCAGGCGAACUGUUCAAGCAAAUGGUUGAAUGGAACAAGCGCGGUUCACAUUUGAUUGCUGGUUCUCCAGAAGGAAGCCACUUCAAGAAGAACAAAGAUGGAAUUGUUCAAGGCCAUGCUUACAAUAUUCUCGAUGUUGUUGAAUUCCACGGUGUUCAACUCCUUAAAUUACGUAAUCCAUGGGGUGAACAAGAGUGGAAAGGAGAUUGGUCUGCUGAAUCUUCUAUGUGGAAGAAAUAUCCAGCUGUUGCAAGUAAAUGCAAUUUUGAUAAAGAUCGAACACAAACAGAUGGUGUUUUCUGGAUGUUAUUUAAAGAUUUCACAUCAAACUAUGCACAGUUGUAUUGUUUGAUUGUUAAUGAAUCAUUGCCGCAUUACAGAUUCAUCAUCAGUAACACAAUGAAGCCAGGAGACACAGAUGGUGCUAAACCAGUUACACAAUCGCGAGAUGCCGAUUGUUUGCCACAGUACAUCUUGAGAGUUUCAGCAGAUUGCACCAUUAAAAUGUUCUUAGAAAGAACCGGUCCAGCGGUUCCAACAUGGGUUUACGCAGUCAAAGGAAAGGAACCAAUCAAGAAGAUCUAUUCAGGAACUAAAUAUAAGACAGAGCCAAUGCCCGAAAACUCCGCAAUUUACUCAUUCGAUUGGCAAAUGGAAAGCGGCGAAUGGGUUAUAGUUGUCUGCAGAAACAAAUGCGACAAAGAAUCCGAUUACGUUUUGAAGAUGUAUUCUGAUCGCCGGAUUGAAUUAACUCCAUUGAUUAACUGCACUCAACAAACAAUUUCAACAAAGUAA